AACUAUACACCAACAGAGGUAGAAAAAACACUGAACAAAUAACAAAAACACUUGGCAAUUGUAUCUCUCUCGAUGCCAAGUGGUAUAUAUACCCUAAACACUCAUUUCCAUUUUCUUUUUCUCUUUAUAUUCCCUCAUCUCUAACCCUAAUCCUUCAAUUGUCUUUUUCCCAUACUUCCUCUCUUUUGAUGCUACUAGAAAAACCCACUAACCCUUUGAUGAAAUCUCUCCUCCUCCUCGUUUCAUUUUCUUAUAACCCAGCGGCGCGUGUUCUUGACGCGACCACUCUUUUAGAGAGAAAAUGAUGAAGAGAAAUCUGAUGGGUGAGAAGCUGAUGUUGAAUAGGCAAAAGAACAAUAACAAGAAGAGUAUCGAUGAGAAGAAGAACAAGAAGAAUAGGUUUUUGAUAAGUGUAAAUGUGAUUGGAAGUGCUGGGCCUAUAAAGUUUGUGGUGAAAGAAGAUGAUGAUGUUGCUUCUGUUAUUGACAUUUCUUUGAAGACUUAUUGUCGUGAAGGUCGUCUUCCAGUUCUUGGUUCUGAUGCUAACAACUUCCUUCUCUACUGUCCAAAAGCUGGUUUUGAUGCUAUGAAGCCAUGGGAACCGAUAGGACGUAGUGGAGAAAGAAACUUUGUGCUAUGCAAGAAAAGGGAGAUGCCACCACAAAUGACUGAAGCAAGAUCAGAAAUGAUAGAACAUAAGACACCUGGCUGGAAGGCAUGGCUCAACAAAUCCUUUAUUAAUUUUAAAAUCUUAUCUAAUUAAGGACAUCAUAUAUCUUAAUUACUUAAGUUUUUUUUUUAUACUAUCAAUUUUAAGUACAAACCAUCCGUACACGCCUGUGUUAGUGAUGUCAAUUAUCGAAAUAAAAAUAUGCAAAAAAAUAUUGUUAAUGAUGUAACCAAACAGUGAAGCAUAUGUUCUCUUGUCUAUGAUUGGCAUAGUAUGCCUUAAUAAUACACCUCGUAAUAAUAAAAAAAACGUAUAUAUAUAAUGACAUCUUCCUUUGGUAUUUCUUAGC